AUGCGCGCUUCUAUCCUUAUUGCUGUGCUUGUCUUGGUCGCUGUGGCCGCUGCCAAGCGUCCUGGAGGAGCUCAAGGAGGUCCUGAAGGUCCUGGCGGUCAGCAGGGUGGCCCGCAAGGAGGUCCUCAAGGAGGUCCGCAAGGAGGUCCUCAAGGAGGUCCCCAAGGAGGUCCUCAAGGAGGUCCUCCAGGCGGUCCUUCCAACUCCACAUCUACAACGGAAGCUGGCGAUGUUUCUACCACAACAGAAGCUGUUGCAGAGGCUUCGACGGCUUCGACUACAUCUUCCGAAUAA